AUGUAUCUACCAAUUUAUCUCCAAUCUGUCCAUAUCUAUCUAUCUAUCUAUCUAUCUAUCUAUCUAUCUAUCUAUCUAUCUCUUGCAGUCUUUUCAUUAUCUAACUAUUUAUCUCAGUGUCUUCAUUAUCUAUCAAUUUUCUUCAUUAUCUAUCUAUCUAUCUAUCUAUCUAUCUAUCUUAGUCUCUUCAUUAUCUAUCUCAGUCUCUUUAUCAAUAUAUGUAUCUGUCUCAAUCUCUUCAUUAUCUAUCUAUCUAUCUAUCUAUCUAUCUAUCUAUCUAUCUAUCUAUCUAUCUCUUGCAUUUCUUCAUUAUCUAUCUAUCUAUCUAUCUAUCUAUCUAUCUUAGUCUCUUCAUUAUCUAUCUCAGUCUCUUUAUCAAUAUAUGUAUCUGUCUCAAUCUAUCUUAGUAUUACUAUCUCAUCUAUCUAUCUAUCUAUCUAUCUUAGUCUCUUCAUUAUCUAUCUCAGUCUCUUUAUCAAUAUAUCUAUCUAUCUAUCUAUCUAUCUUAUCUAUCUAUCUAUCUAUCUAUAUAUUCUUCAUUAUCUAUUCUCAGUCUCUUUAUCAAUAUAUGUAUCUGUCUCCAAUCUCUUCAUUAUCUAUCUAUCUAUCUAUCUAUCUAUCUAUCUAUCUAUCUCAGUCUUUGUUAUCUAUUUAACUGUUAAUAUCUCUCCAUUGAUUCAAUCAAUUUUUUGUUUAUAUCUAUCUAUCUAUCUAUCUAUCUAUCUAUCUAUCUGCUAUAACUCACUCUUAGUGGUUAUAAUAUUAUUUAAUAUUUGCCUGUUCAUUAUCUAUCUAUCUAUCUAUCUAUCUAUCUAUCUAUCUAUCACAGUUAACAUCUAUCUAUCUAUCUAUCUAUCUAUCUAUCUAUCUAUCUAUCUAUCUAUCUAUCUAUCUUAG